AUGGGAUUUGGAAUAUUGGUACUUCUGGUCCAGGCAGCAUGCAAGAUUCCUAAUAUUAAAUGCAACAUCAAUGAACCUCCUCCAAUUCUACAUAAAUACUACCAAUCAGGAGAUCUCAACAUAGGCGGUAUUAUGUCUCAAAUCUACAUAUUUUCAAAACUGAUAAACUUUGAGCAACGUCCCUCUGAUGGCCUCUUUGACGAUAUCCUCCUUUUCACUCCAAGUGGGAGCUACGAUGCCUCUUUGGAACUCAUCUCUGCACAGGGCAGGUUCGUUCCUAAUUACAGAUGUGCCGUGCAGAACAGCCCAAUAGCAGUCAUUGCAGGGCCCAACUCAGAAAUCUGUCUCCACAUGGCGACCAUCCUGUGCAUUUACAAGAUUCCACAGCUAAUCUAUGGCACCAUUCCAACAGAUUCAAGGGCUCAAGUUGUUUUCUCCUACCAGAUGUUCCCCAAUGCAGACCAUGAGUUUAAGGGCAUUCUUCAGUUGCUGCUUCAUUUCAGAUGGACUUGGAUUGGAGUGGUGACCGUCAAUGAUGACAAUGCAGAGACAUUUCUACAGAACAUUGUCCCCAUGUAUGCUCAAGAAGGUAUCUGCUUUGAUUUCCUAGAAAGAUUCCCAACAAUUUCUUUCUCCCAUGACAUUGCCGAGACGGUGGAAUGGGGGAUUGACACACACCGUGUCAUCAUGGAAAGCACAACGAAUGUUGUGGUAGUUGUGGGUGAAAUUGAGACCAUGAUACUUUUAAAUAUGUUUCAUAUGUUCUCAAGAUAUGAGCAUAUAUCAAUGGAGACAAAAGGUAAAGUCUGGAUCCUGACCGCUCAGAUGGAUUUCACAUCGCUGUCCUUCCAGAGAAAUUGGGGCGUAGAUUUCCUACAUGGUGCUCUGUCAUUGGCCGUUCGAUCCAAGGAAGUCUUGGGAUUUCGUAGCUUUCUGCAGACCAGGAGUCCCCUCUUGGAAAAAGAAGAUGGCUUUAUCAAGGAUUUCUGGCAAGAGGCUUUUAACUGUUCCUUCCCUGAUCCCGCCAUAGCUGUGGUGGGCGAGGAGACAUGCACUGGAGAGGAGAAGCUAGAGACUCUUCCUACCUCUGUUUUUGAAAUGAGCAUGACCGGUCACAGCUACAGCAUCUACACAGCCAUCUAUGCUGUCGCACAGGCUCUGCAUAAGAUGCAGACAUCUAAAUUCAAACACAAAACAAUAGCGGAGGAAGGAAUGCUGGACCUUCUGUCUCAAGAGCCGUGGGAGCUCCACCAUUUGCUGAAGGGUCUCUCAUUUAAUAACACGGUUGGGCAAGAGGUUUCUUUCAAUCAAAACGGAGAGUUGAAAACUGGAGUUGACAUCAUCAACUGGGUCACAUUUUCAAACCAAUCUUUUCUUAGAGUGAGAGUCGGAGAGAUAGACCCCACGGCUUCCGAAGGCGAAAAGUUCACUAUUUCUGAAGGUGCUAUUCUGUGGCCAAGCAGGUUUAACCAGGCACAACCCUUUUCUCUUUGUAACGCCCAGUGCCAUGUGGGGUCCAGAAAGGCCAAGAAAAAAGGAAAGCCAUUUUGCUGCUAUGAUUGCGUUCCAUGUCCACAAGGCAAAAUUUCCAGCGAAAUGGACACGGAUGCUUGCUUUUCAUGUCCACCUGACCACUACCCGAAUGAAGAGCAGAACCUCUGCAUUCCAAAGAAAAUAAAUUUCUUGUCUUAUGAAGAACCCUUGGGGGUCACUUUGGCCAUUCUCGCUUCCUCCUUUUCUGUCCUCACAGCUGUGGUUCUUGGAAUCUUCGUUAAGUACAAGGACACGCCCAUCGUCAAAGCCAACAACCGAAGCCUCACCUAUCUCCUCCUCUUCUCCCUUAUGCUGUCUUUCAGCAGUGUUUUGAUAUUCAUCGGACAGCCCAAGAGAGUAACAUGUGUCCUACGGCAUAUUAUUUUUGCUAUUGCUUUCUGUCUGGCAGUUUCCUGCAUUUUAACAAAGACUAUCAUUGUGGUUUUCGCUUUCAAGGCCACAAAACCUGGCUCCAAGAUGAGGAAAUGGGUGGGGAGAAGACUGGCCAUUUCUGUUGUCCUUUCCUGCCUGCUGAUCGAAACCACUUUUUGUUCUGCGUGGCUGGCAAGCUCUCCCCCAUUUCCAGAUCUGGACAUGCACUCAAUGCUUAAAGUAAUUGUACUCCACUGUAAUGCAGGAUCGAAAACAAUGUUUCACUGUGUCUUUAUCUUUUUGAUUUUCCUCACCCUUGUCAACUUCACUGUGGCUUUCCUAGCCCGGAGGUUACCUGAUAGUUUCAAUGAAACGAAGUUCAUCACCUUCAGCAUGUUGCUCACCUGUAGUGCUCAUGGGUCUUGUUUUCUAGUCUACCUGAGCAGUAAGGGAAAAUAUACUGUAGCAUUGGAAGUAUUCUCUAUCUUGAUCUCCAGUGCCGCCUUACUGAUUUGUAUCUUUUCCCCCAAAUGCUACAUCAUAGUGUUGAGGCCUCAACUGAACAGCAGAGAACACCUAAAAAGAAAAAAAUGA